GUUUGUAAAGUUGUAACCGCGCAUGCGCACGUUUGUAAGACUCCGUAAAGCUACAGUUGUAGUGAAGACUCAUAUCACACAAAAUCCAAAAAUCCAAAUCCAAAAAAUCUAAUCUGAUCAGAUCUGAGCGAUUAUAACGCCUUUAUUCAGUAGAUGUAUGAAGUCAGUUCCCCUCAAGAACACACAGGUGUCCUAACAGUAUAACCACAGAGGCGUCAGAGCCAUGCACAGCAGUGCAUGGAGCGUGCGGGCUCUGUCCCCGGUUCUUCUGCCACGCUGGUUCUGUGAUGUUGGAGCGCGACCUGCUCAUGUGAGCAUCCUCAGAUCCGUGCGCUUUUUAAGCACAGAAGCACCCUCCGCAGCCCUGCCUGCUCGUGCCCGUGUGGUCAUCUGUGGAGGGGGCAUUGUGGGCACGUCAGUGGCGUAUCAUCUGGCCAAGCUGGGCUGGACUGAGAUAGUUCUGCUGGAGCAGGGCAGACUUGGAGCAGGCACAACUCGGUUUUGUGCAGGAAUAGUGAGUGUUGCCAAACCUCUUUCUGUUGAGAGUAAAAUGGCUGAUCACUCAAAUACACUCUAUGAGCGUUUGGAGGCAGAGACAGGUGUUAAAACAGGUUUUGUACGGACUGGCUCUCUUUGUCUGGCUCAGAAUCAGGAUCGCUUCCUGUCUUUAAAGCGUCUGGCGUCCAGACUGAAGGUUCUUGGUGUGAACUGUAACAUCAUCAAACCCAAAGAUGUGGCAAGGCUCCACCCACUCGUGAAUAUUCAUGAUCUUGUUGGUGCCCUUCACCUGCCGGGAGACGCUGUUGUUUCGCCGCCGGAUGUCAAUCAUGCGCUUGCUGUAGCGGCAGCAGGUUAUGGAGUUCAGAUUUAUGAAAACACGAGUGUGAAUCAUGUCUUGGUGCAGAAGGGUCACGUUACAGCCGUAGAAACCGAUCGGGGACCAAUAGAGUGUGAAUACUUUGUCAACUGUGCUGGACAGUGGGCGUAUGAGCUGGGUCAGAGCAGUGAGGUGAAAGUGUCGGUGCCGUUACAUGGCUGUGAGCAUUUCUACCUGCUCACUAAACCUCUCUCAGAGCCACUGCAGCCCGACAGCCCAGUAGUGAUAGACAUGGACGGACGGAUCUACGCUCGGGCCUGGCAGGGGGGGAUUCUGUCAGGCGGCUUUGAGAAGAACCCUAAACCAAUCUUCACUGAGGGACGCAACCAGCUGGAGAUUCACAACAUGCAGGAAGACUGGGACCACUUCGAGCCUAUGUUGAGUGCUCUUCUGCGGCGGAUGCCUAGUCUGGAGUCAUGUGAGAUCCAGCAGCUGGUGAACUGCCCAGAAUCCUUCACUCCAGACAUGCGCUGUCUGAUGGGAGAGACUCCAGGCAUAUACGGAUACUAUGUGCUGGCGGGCAUGAAUUCGUCGGGCCUGUCCUUCGCUGGGGGGGCGGGCAGAUAUUUGGCAGAGUGGAUUACAGAUGGAUACCCCAGUGCUAAUGUAUGGCCGUUAGACAUAAAGCGCUUUGGUAAUCUACAGAGCAGCCGGACAUUCCUGCGGCAUCGUGUUAUGGAGGUCAUGCCGCUCCUAUAUGAACUUAAAGUUCCUCGCUGGGACUUCCAGACUGGUCGACAGCUGCGCACGAGUCCGCUGUAUGACCGCUUGGACACUCAGGGAGCACGCUGGAUGGAGAAACACGGCUUUGAGCGAGCCAAAUACUUUGUUCCUGCUGGGAAGGAUCUACUGGCUCUGGACCAGAGUAAGACCUUCUAUAAACCGGACUGGUUUGAUAUUGUGGGAGCAGAGGUGAAAUGCUGUAAAGAGGCCGUGUGUGUGAUUGACAUGUCCUCCUUCACAAAGUUUGAGCUCACAUCUGCAGGUGAUCAGGCCUUGAGUCUGUUGCAGCGUUUGUGUGGUAAUGAUCUGGACGUGCCAGUGGGUCAUAUCGUCCACACAGGCAUGCUGAAUGAGAGAGGAGGAUAUGAGAAUGACUGCAGUGUGGUGCGACUCAGCAAAAACAGUUUCUUCAUCAUUUCACCUACUGAUCAACAAGUUCACUGCUGGUCUUGGAUUAAGAAGCACAUGCCCAACGAUCCUCAACUCCACCUGGAGGAUGUUAGCUGGAAAUACACAGCUCUGAAUCUGAUUGGCCCUCGUGCCAUGGACGUGUUGUCUGAGCUGUCUUAUGUGUCCAUGACUCCAGAACACUUCCCCUCUCUGUUCUGUAAGGAAAUGAGUGUGGGUUAUGCUAACGGCAUCAGAGUGAUGAGUAUGACACACACAGGAGAGCCAGGCUUCAUGCUCUACAUACCAAUAGAGUAUGCACUGCAUGUGUAUAAUGAAGUGAUGUCAGUCGGGCAGAAGUAUGGGAUCCGGAAUGCGGGCUACUACGCCUUACGGAGUCUGCGCAUUGAGAAGUUUUUUGCAUUCUGGGGGCAGGAUCUGGACUCGUUUACCACUCCACUGGAGUGCGGCCGAGAAUUCCGCGUCAAAUUUGACAAGGACACAGACUUUUUGGGUCGGGACGCUUUGUUGCGACAACGCGUGGAGGGAGUGACGCGACGCUUUAUUAUGUUGGUCCUUGAGGACCACGACACUGAGCUCGACCUCUGGCCCUGGUGGGGUGAACCCAUUUACCGAAACGGUGAGCUGGUAGGUGUCACCACAAGCAGCGCCUACAGCUACACCCUAGAGCGCCAUGUGUGUCUAGGCUUUGUCAGCCCGACCAACUCGGAUGGCGCUCCGGCCGUGGUCACCCCUGAUUUCAUCAACCGGGGCAACUAUGAGGUGGACAUCGCAGGGCAGAGGUACCCAGCUAAAGCAAAACUCUACCCUUUCAGCUCACUGUUUGCACAACAGAAGCGCCGCAAGGAUGACAUGGAGCUGAGCAACUUCCAGGGCAAGUGAAGGUGACGAGCCGUAGUCAGCUGAAUCAAAUCUACGAACAAGCGGCACUAGAGCUACAACUCAGUUUUGACACAGUCCACUCCAUUGAGUCCUGAAGAUAUCUUUUAUACACCAAAGGAUAUUUGUGUCAAGUGAGUCACUCAUUAUGUGGCAUUUAACAUUCUUUGAUAGAGCGGUUGAUGAAUUUUUAAAACACAUAAUAGUGUAACGUCACAAGUCGCCCAUUUUCGACAGCUGAAGUGGAACUUGUUUAGCUCGGGUAUUACAAUAAUUUGAAAGCAUAUUGCCUUUGGCUUUUUUGUAUGUGUGUGUGCUUGUAAAUAGUCCAAUUAUUGCACUUUUAAAAGUGCAUUAAUGUCUUGAAUAAUAUAUUGAUUCAUUGUUCUAGUUGUAAUCUUAGAUGUCUCUCUUUUUAAGAGCACAUGCCUGUGUCACAUGGUUUAAAAACAAAGGGUUGCAUUUUUAUACGAACAGCAGCUUUGAUUGUUUGAGGCAUCGAGUUGUGCUAAAUUGGUGAAAACUGUAC